UAACUCACUACACUAUAGCUUAGCAAUUUGGGGGAAAUCUAUUUCUAUAAAGCCUCUGAAAUUAGUUUGAGGAAUCAUUUCUAACAUCACCUUUAUCAUCAAAUGAAGUUCUGCUGCAGGGCACAGGGCACGGGGCCAUUAGACGUGACUCCUGAAGGAAGGCCUGGAGAAGUAUCAGAAGUGCAUCAUCGUAAACAGUUCUGUCAGUGGCCCUGUAGAUGUCCUCGGAAGCCCAGUUGCCCUCCUGGAGUGAGCUUGGUGAGGGAUGGCUGUGGAUGCUGUAAAAUCUGUGCCAAGCAGCCAGGGGACAUCUGCAAUGAAGCUGACCUCUGCGACACACACAAAGGGCUGUACUGUGACUACUCUGCAGACAGGCCUAGGUACGAGACCGGAGUGUGUGCAUACCUUGUAGCUGUGGGAUGUGAGUUCAACAGGGUACAUUAUCAUAACGGCCAAGUAUUUCAGCCCAACGCCCUGUUUAGCUGCCUCUGUGUGAGUGGGACCAUUGGAUGCACCCCUUUGUUCAUACCAAAGCUGGCUGACAGUCACUGCUCUGGGGCUAAAGGUGGAAAGAAGUCUGCUCAGCCACACUGUGGCCUGGGACCAUUACAACGGCAGCUUUCAGCAACCCCCAAAACAACGCCAGCUUAUAGGCAUCUCCCACUUAUUUGGAAAAGAAAAUGUCUUGUGCAAGCAACGAAGUGGACCCCUUGCUCCAGAACAUGUGGGAUGGGAAUUUCGAACAGGGUAACCAAUGAAAAUAACAGCUGUCAAAUGAGAAAAGAGAAAAGACUGUGUUAUAUUCAGCCUUGUGAAAGUAAUAUAUUAAAGACAGUAAAGAUCCCCAAAGGAAAAACCUGUCAACCUACUUUCCAACUCUUCAAAGCUGAAAAAUUUGUCUUUUCUGGAUGUUCAAGCACUCAGAGUUAUAAACCCACUUUCUGUGGAAUAUGCUUGGAUAAGAGAUGCUGUGUUCCUAAUAAGUCUAAAAUGAUUACCAUUCAAUUUGAUUGCCCAAAUGAAGGGUCAUUUAAAUGGAAGAUGCUGUGGAUCACAUCUUGUGUAUGUCAGAGAAAUUGCAGAGAUCCAGGAGAUGUAUUUUCUGAGCUCAAGAUCCUAUAAAGCCAAGCACAUGGGGGAAAACUUAG